GCGAGGAGUGCGCGAACGGAACUGCUCCGCGGCCGCCCGCCACAUGCGGAGGAAGACGGAGCCAGAGGCCCGCCCCGCCCCCGCCCCGCCGGGCCGCCAACCUCCAGCCAGGCCCCGCCCCGCCCUCGCCACAGCCCACUCAGGGCGGGCCGGGAUGGCCCCGCGCGCGCCGGACUCCGCGGCACCGCCUCUAGGAAGAGGCCCCGCUGGAGGCAAUCUCCGCCACCUGAGGCCGAGGCCACGCCCCUUCCGCGACGGGACGCGCCACUCAAGUGCGAACCCCGCGAAAGGGGGCGGGGAGGGCGGGGCCGGAGCACGUUUUAGCGUCAACGACCUGCCUACCCGCCUUACUCUUUUAAAACGGAAGAAGCCGGAAGUGCGUCCCCCAGGGUAUUCGUGUAACAGCCCAAGCUUCCUCAUUGCUGGCAAGAGAACCACUGUUAAAGACAAAGUAAGUUACACAGCAGCUUGGACAAGAGAUGCACUUUAUUUUGGAUAUGAACAUCUUCAAUUUAACAAAAGAAACAAAUAA